AUGAGAACAUUCGUAUUGCAUGAUUUUGUGAUGUAUGCUCACAGAUACGCAAUCGUGUGGCUUUUAACAGUGGCAACGCUUCGAUGUCAGGCAACGAAUCACGAGAACGGAGGGGGCGAUGGAAACGCGGAAGACUCCGUGUUGGACGAGACAACCGAGGAUUAUUGGGCCGGAAGUGGAUCUGGUCCCGAGGAUGACGACUCGCUUCACAACGAAACCAGGGAAGCGUUAACGCAUGAGGCCAGCGAUCACGAUGCUGUUGUGUACGUUGGAGAAGGAGCAGCGUAUGUACCAAUACCAUCUCUAAAAGGAAGACCCUUGAGCCCGAAUCUUCAAGCUCUUCAGACCCUUCAAGGUCUACAAGGAAUACCUGGAGGCGGAGGAACUGGAGUGGUUGGGGAUGAGGACUGGAAAAGACACCCGGAGACCUGGGAUCGGGAACAUAGGAGAUACAGACCUAAUACUACUCGAGUUCAACAUAUCGAGGCAGAGUGUCAGGACGACUACAUGAAGAUCCGGAUCGGUUUCAACGGUUCCUUCACCGGGUUGCUCUACUCUGCGGGCUACUCCUAUGACCCGGACUGCAUGUACGUGAACGGAACUGGCCGCGACUACUACGAGUUCUAUAUUCAGCUGAAUCGUUGCGGCACCCUCGGCGAGAACACUCAUCAUCAGGACAGCCGAAAAAAUCCUACGAAAAACUUGAUGUGGAACACGGUCACAGUGCAGUACAACCCGCUGAUCGAAGAGGAAUUCGACGAACACUUCAAAGUGACUUGCGAAUACGGUUAUGACUUCUGGAAAACCGUCACCUUCCCAUUCCUCGACGUCGAAGUUGCGACGGGGAAUCCUGUUGUGUUCACCCUGCAGCCACCAGAGUGCUACAUGGAAAUUAGAUACGGUUACGGGACCACUGGAACUAGAGUGGCUGGACCAGUCCGUGUCGGCGAUCCUCUGACUCUCAUUAUCUAUAUGCGCAGCAAAUACGAUGGUUUCGACAUCGUCGUGAACGACUGUUACGCCCACAAUGGUGGAAACAAGAGGAUUCAGCUGAUUGAUCAAUACGGGUGCCCAGUGGAUGAUAAAUUGAUCAGUAGAUUUCGUGGAUCCUGGUCAGAGAGUGGUCUCUUCGAGACUCAAGUUUUCGCCUACAUGAAGACGUUCAGGUUCACUGGCUCACCUGCUCUAUACAUCGAGUGCGACGUCAGAAUGUGUCACGGAAGAUGUCCAAGUCAACCGUGUCAUUGGAGGAACGCCAAGAAUGUGGCUAAACGUUCUUUGCCAGAAAUUGGUGGCCCGUCGACGCCAGCGACGAGUUUGUCAGAAAACGUCAAUCUGUUCCAAUCGUUGCGUGUUCUACAGGAAGGCGAGGCAGAUACGGAAUUCUUCCAGAAUUCCACUACAGCUUUCCGAAGUGGACCUAGUGAAUCAACGAACGACAGAGUGUGCCUUAGAUCAACUGUUCUUAGUACGAUCAUAGGAAUCGGUUGUGGCUUCCUCUGUCUAAUGGCAGGAACGAUAUUAGCGAUGUGUUCGAGAAUUCGAAGACAGGCUAGGGAAAAACUUCUAUCCGAUAGCAUAAGUUACAUGACCCACAAGGGUAGGAUCAACUAAACGCGGCCUCUGUGGAUGUACAAGCGAAUUUCUUCUAUUUUCCUUCUUCUUCGUGGCAACUCCAUCGGUACAAGCGUAUCGAGAGAAUCAUCGGGGAAACAUUCUCUGUCGGUAAUAAGGCGAGGAUGAUAAUCCCGUUUGUAAAAAUCGACGCGAUCGGUAAUAAAGGUAAACACAGGCUCGAUCGAUAAAAAAGGUAUUUUUUAAUCGACGGCCGAGAAUACAAAUUGUGAGACGCAAGCAAUACAAAUGUAGCUAAAAAAUUGUAUAUUUCGGUAAAGCGUGAGAUUGAAAAUGAAUAGCUAGACGAAUAGCUAGAAAAUGAAAUUAGAAGAGUCAAAGAACAUAUAUUGUGAUAAAUACGAUUAGGCGUAGAUUUCUACUUCCUUUUUGUUUGUUUAAUAACUAAUUAACCGUUGAUAACAAGCGAAACGUAGUCCGGUAGAUUGUGAACGAUUGAACUCGCGCUUCCUUUUUACCUAAACACUGUUUUCUUUUAUCUUUUUUCAAUUGUAAUUUUUUCGUUUAUUUUGCGUACAAGUGAGUUGCCGUCCGUAGAUAACAACGAUCAAAGGCGAAUUUAGAAGUCGAGGAUUUUGCCACGUUCUCCGUAUCGAACGCGCGAUUGAGAAAAAUAUUUGAUUACAAUCUUUUUCUCGGCCGCGCGAACGUUACUACACGAGAUCAAAACGAAUGACUAAAUAUACAGUCGUUUAAUACCGUUUAAUGAGAUUCAAUACUUUAAGUAUGCCUAAUAGCAUUACUCGCCAUAUUCAGGAACAUAAAAAUCAUCGAGGUCUCGAGCUACAGCUGAACAAAUAACUGAUCAUACUUUAUAUGCAUGUUGCCGUAACUUAUCCAAAAAUUUAGAACAACGAUGUUUUUUACAAUUUUAAAUCAUCCUUUCAUAGAUAACAUUAUAGUAGUGUUCUCUUAUAUUUUAGAUUAUUGGAAGAAUUGUUUCGCUUAUGUUCAAGCGGUCAAGCUUACCAUCUUACCAUUGACAAAGACAGUGAAUACAGCAAGGGUAAACCAUAAAUAUUAUGUCUUUUUCGCUCGUUCUCGUCAGAUGUCCUUCUUUUUUAAGCGUGUGUGAGUGUUUUUGGAUUAACUCUGCUAUAUCCUUUCGACUAUUUCUCGUCUAAUUGUACUGCAAUAAAAUUGAACAAAAUACAGAAAAGACUUUAAUGUUAGACACAAUUCCUUAUUGAACAUCUUCUUAAAAAUUUGUUUGCUAAAGCAAGAAAAAGAUUGUGAUAUAAAAAUUCGAAAAUCGCAGCAGGGUUAAGGUCAUUAUUUUCUUUGUGAGAAUUUUUUAUUAGAGAAUAUAACGAGACGUCCAAUGUAUCGGAAUUUAUGCGAACACUACUAUAUAUAUCAUAUUUCAGACCUAGCUGUAUCUCAGAGAUAUAAUAACAUGUUUUAUAGUCGAAGUUUCUGAAUGUUUGCGAACGAUGCAUUUUCGUAUGAUAUAAACAUCGCUAUGCAAUAAACAGUUACAAUAUUUAGGUUUAUACUUUAUAUGCAUAAUGAUAUAUACGCAGUGUCCAAGUGUGUCUGGACUUUCUUAUUUUUUUUUUUUUUCAUGCUAUUCUUCGUAUUUUCUUGUUUUGUAUUUUUCUUUUAAUUUCUUCAAUUCUCGAGAGGCAGGAGCAUUAAAGAAUUGCCAGAAGCCAGAGAACAGCCAGCGAGGAUUAAAUAAUAUUUUGCAUCAUACGAGAUGUCCCUGCGCGUGUAUCGGGGGAGCCAAAGAAACGUAGCUCAGCUCUCGUCUUGAUAAUUUAUUGCGAAACUUCGCGGAAGCAUCCUGAAUUCAAUCUGUGAAAUAUUAAUUUCCCCUCCUGGUCGUUCCGGAAAUAUUUUUUUUUACACGUUCUUCAGAUAUACUGCCCCCCUCCCAUUAACAAUCGACAGUAAACAGAAUCCACCUUCUCGAUCGAAUUACUUGUAAAUAUAGCAGUGUAUGAUCCAUAAUAUUUAUAAUUAAGCUCGAGUGUAUCAAGGUUUCCAAUAAACUGUAGCAGGAGUA